UCAUGCUGCUGCCAGGUCCAGAGUCUCUCAUGGGUCCCUGUACGGCCUCCCAUUGCUGCUGUCUCCAUCGCCACACUCUGCCAUGUGCCACUUUCAGGUCUCCUCACACUGCUGGUGUGUUCCAUUUUUUGUCAUAGGGUGCUGGCAGAUUACGGGCCUCCCAUAGCUGCUGCCAGGCCCCUAAUCUGCCAUGGGCCCCUAUACCGCCUCCUCAUGCUGCUGCCAAGUCCAGAGUCUCUCAUGGGUCCCUGUACGGCCUCCCAUUGCUGCUGUCUCCAUCGCCACACUCUGCCAUGUGCCACUUUCAGGUCUCCUCACAUGCUGGUGUGUUCCAUUUUUUGU